AUGGCGUCUGGUGGGUGUGAAAACACAUCAGAUGAGAUAUUUAAUUUUAAAUGUUCACCUUGUCUGGCAAAUAACCGAACUAGAGAAGCAAUAACAUAUUGCGUGGAAUGUCAGGGAUAUUGUUGCAAGGAAUGUACCGAUAUUCAUAACGGAUUACCUGGUUUAAAAGGCCACACGCUUUUAGAUAAAUCAAAUUAUAAGUCGUCAAGCCUCCAAGCUGGAUUACCAGCAGUACCGACGGAGAGAUGUAGCAUUCAUCAGACAAAGAUCGUGGAUAUGUACUGUGGUAAUCAUGAUGAGGUUGGUUGCACAACAUGCAUGGCUUUAAACCACAGGUCUUGUGCUGAUGUGCAAUCCAUUCCAGAUAUUGUCGAUAGUAAAUUUCAAACGACAGAUGUUGACAAAAUACACCAAACGUUGCAAGACAUAAAAAUGAUGAUAGAGAAAAUUAUAAAAUCUAAACAAAGACUGAUAGAAGACUUAAAGAAGUCUAAGACGGAAGCAGUAAUGGCGAUAAAGGACUUUCGAAAAGACAUGGAAACAAUUCUUGAACAACUAGAAAAAGAAUCGAUUAAGGAAUUGGAGAUGAAGUUAAUAGAAGAAGAGUCGAAACUGCUGGAAGACAAGAAGAAAGCAGAAACUGAAUUAGAUGGUCUGAAAAAAGCAGUGAACGACUUGAAGAAAUCAAAAGGAAACAAAGCCCAACAAUUUGUCUCGACGAAAAUGUCAUUGAAAAGUAUUGCAGAAACGGAAGACGUAUCUCAUUCAUUGCAAACAAGUGUUGACGCAAAUAUAUCAUUUAGCUUUGAUCCUGCUAUACUGCAAUUUCUACAGCAGUUGAAGACGUUUGGGUCGGUCCGACAUGAUUCUGCCACUGCUUUAAGAUCGCCAAGGACAACCGUCUAUUCUGUUAAAAGAAUCGAGAACUUAAACAUUAGAGUCCAGAAUGACAACAAAACAUGUACUGUGUAUGGGUCCUGUUUGACAGAAGAAGGCUCACUACUGAUAGCUGAUCAUAGCAAUAUUAAGAUUAAACGUGCAGAUAUUGUAAAAAUGUCAGUGACAGAUUAUUGUUGUAUUCCUAGUAGACCCAAUGGCGUUUGUUGUACAAGUAAAUUUGAAGCUGCAGUGUGUCUGGAGAAUAACACAAUUCAGUUUGUCACCUUUGGCAAGCAAAUGGCAACCACCCGUCAAAUAAAAAUGAACCAUUAUUGCUUUGGCAUUACUCAUAAGGAUAAUAAACUAUACAUAACUGACAGCGACACGUCGUUAUACAUACACGACAUGACAGGCAACAUACUACAGACGGUAGCUCGAGAUAACGCCGGGCAAAGUCUGUUGUCAUUCCCUCGAACUGUUGCGUUCAGUGAUGUUGAUGAUAAAGUGUUUGUUUCUAGCUGGAUUAAAGGUAUAGUAAUUAUUGAUGGACAAGGAAACCACUGUCAGACAUUCACUGAUACUGAGUUAAACGUAGCGUCUGGAGUUUGUACAGAUUGUAGAGGAAAUUUGUUUGUGGCUGGGUAUAAUUCAAAUAACGUGAUACAGGUAGGGAGAGAUAGGAAGAAAAUGGGAGUGAUCGUGAAAACAUCAGAUGGACUUGUCAAACCAGAAUCAAUUUGUUUUGACACAAAACAAUGCAAAUUAUUGAUUUCACAACACAACGAUACUGUCAAAGUUAUCUCUUUGCAAUAAAGGGUAUUUAUCUGACGUUUGUUUGCAUGUAUUAGCGUGUAAUGCUUUUUUGUUGUACGGCAAAUUGCAAAAAUGGCAUCUAAUCAUAGAACGCUUUUAUCAACAAUAGUUUACUUAUUCAGUUUUGCUUAAUUCUUGACAUGUAUAUAAUAUGGACAUUUUUCAAAGCAGUGCGAUAUUGAAAUUAUUUCUUGAUAACUUAAUUAUUCAUGUUUACUGCGUACAGCUAUUAACCGACACAGGGUACUUCUUUUCAUUCCCGAACUGUACUGUCUAAUACCAGAAAGACGUACAGUGUAUCGUAUGUUGUUCUAGAUGUUUCGAUGGUAGUGUUGUACUAGUGUUUCUACGUCUCCUUCAUAUCUAUUUAGACUUUUAAUUAAGUCAUGGGCAUGGACCACACUUAGAUUUCUGGAAAAUUAAUGAAUCUUGGUAGGUCCAAAUUUAAAUUUAAACAUGUUUUGAUGAAUUGAGUAAAAAUCGAGUACUACUUUUGAUUCAUCUUUGAUCCUUACUGUCAGAAAAAUGAAUUUUAACUGUAAGUGAAUGCUGUUUUGGUUUUGCUUAAGGUUAUUAUUAUUAUUAUUCCAGAUUAAUAUAGCACCCUUGUCAUGACAAACACGUUCAAAUGCGCUUUACAUAAUCUGCAGCCACACAGGGCGAGAAAUCAUCCUCUACAAGUACAGACACAGAGCGAUCUGACCGGAGGGACAGAGUGAUAAAAAGCCCCCAGAACAGACAGAGAGAACUUUUCAGAUACAGACGUGUCCGGCUAACUUAGCUUAGCUCUUUUCGAAUAGACAGUCUGGUUCUUUAACGUGCCCGGUUUAUAGUCUAGUUAGGUGGGAGACACUCAAGAACAUCUCAGAAAUUUCCAGUGUCAGGACUGGGAUUCGAACCCCGGACCUCUGGAUUGACAGUCAAGCGUGUUACCACUAGGCCAUCGACCCACCUGGUUGCCGAUUUGUACUUUAUAUGAACGACACCUUUUUGCGAAUGACGCUUUUAAUUUUGCGGAAAAGAGUCAU